AGUUCACAAAUUCGCCAUCUUGUUAGUUAAGAUUUUUCUAAGCAUCCAUAAUUUUCACAACACAAUAUUAUAUUAAAACACGAAAAAUUCUUUAUCGGAUUAUUGUACACACGCACUUUCACGAGCAUCAAAGAAAUUCAAAUCACGUUUAACGUUUAUUUUAUUAUAUUAUCGAUAUACUGAAAUUUUUUAUGUUUCAAAUAAAAACUUUUGUCACAUUUUUUAAACUAGAAUCGAAAAGUUUUUUGUUGCUAUUGAGCAGAACCGGUCUCUCUGUAUUUUAUUUCUACAAUAAUAACUCUUUUGUUUUACAAUAGAACUUGGGUAUUUCAAUAAUAAUAAUAUAAACAAAUCACUAAAUAUGUAACAGGUGAAAAGUUUUGACAUUGACAAUAAUGGCGGCGAACAGAUGACCGACAUCUGCCUAGACAGUCUCAAGGUUCAAUGAACUUUUUGAUGCUAUAUUUUAGAUUAUCGUUUGUUUAAUGUCUAUUAGUAAAUUGAUUAAUCACACAAUUGCAAAUAAUCCGAACAAGAUGAUUAAUAUGUAUUAUUUAAAAAAUAUUAAUAGAAUCGCUGCUUUCGAUUAAAUACAAACCCAAUAAAAAAAUAGUUUUCGCUACACAAUCUGAGACAAAUAUUGUUGGUAAUAAAUUUAAAAACCGUUCACAAAUGUGGAAUUCGCCAGAUGUUUUGGAUUAUUAAAUUUACUCUACAUUUUUUGUUGGAUAAUGAACAAAAUAGUGUUUUCAAAUAUUAAAUAAAUAAAACAAUAUAUUUAGUUUUUUUCAAGAAAACACUCUAGUUUACCGGUAUACUAAAAAUAAAUUUACAAACGAUCGAAUCUUUCGUUUGUUAAUUAACAAUAAACAUGUAAUUUUUAUCAAACUGAAUAAAUACAUUAUGUUCUGAGUUUUCUCGAAAAUAUUAUCAUUCAGUGUAACAAAGUGAAACUCAAGGAAAAUGUAGAUCGACAAAAAAAAUAGUAUUUCUAACACACCAGUUUUUCAUUUAAUAUUCAAUAUUAAUUCAAGAAGAAACAGCAUGCGAUGUUUCACAAAUAACGAUACAGUUAAUUAAAAGUUUUUUUUUAUAUAAUUAAUAUUGAUUUGAGAAGAAAAUUGUUGAAAUCCAUAAUAUGGACUUACAAUCCUGCAAUUCUAGUUAAAAAAAUUUACUCGUGAUGGAUACGUUGAUUCAAUAUGAUUACUCGAACGAUUCUUUAGUUUACUAAAAACUAAUUACAAAAUGUUUGAGCUUAACAUAAUUUAAUUUAAACGUUAUUUGGUAUAAUAGAUGAGAAAUUCAGUAGAAUUUACCUUCGGCCUCUGAGGGCGAUAGUAGAUAUCGUAAAAGUGCAUAAAUUAUUUAUCAAAGUGAACUUUUACUUGAUAUUUCGUUUUAUUUCUAUGGUAUUUUAUAAAUUAUAAUUAGUUGUUGAACCAAAUGGUUGUUCUGGUGUGUAAUACUUGUAAGAUAAAAUAGACUUCUUCGAGAUAUCCGUUAAGUAUUAGAGGGCAAUAAUGACUUAAUUACUAUGUAAAAUAUUAUAUUUUAACGGUGCAAAAUCAGUGAUCGUUACCAAUAUAUUCUGUUCCCCCGAUUUAUUAGAGCUACAUAAAAAUUAACGAUAACGUUUGUUUCCAGUUGGUUCAUAAGUGCCUUGGUGUAAAGUGUAAAUUUAUUUAUAAAGAAAAUCUACGAAAAAUGUGUGAAGAUAUUACUGCUCUUGUUAUUGACAACGGAUCUGGGAUGUGUAAAGCGGGAUUUGCUGGAGAUGAUGCUCCUAGAGCGGUUUUUGCUAGCGUCGUAGGCAGACCUAGAUAUCAGGGUGUAAUGGUAGGAAUGGGCCAAAAAGACUCUUACGUAGGAGACGAGGCCCAAACGAAACGAGGUGUUUUAUCAGUGAAAUACCCGAUCGAACAUGGAAUCAUUAGUAAUUGGGACGACAUGGAAAAAGUUUGGCAUCAUACGUUUUUCAACGAAUUAAGGAUUUCUCCAGAAAAUCAUCCGGUUUUAUUAACAGAAGCUCCUUUAAAUCCAAAAAUUAACAGAGAAAAGAUGACUCAAAUAAUGUUUGAAACUUUCAACUGUCCCGCAAUGUACGUUGCGAUUCAAGCAGUUCUAUCUUUAUAUGCCAGCGGAAGAACUACUGGUAUAGUGAUGGAUUCCGGCGAUGGAGUUUCGCAUACAGUACCUAUUUAUGAGGGAUAUGCUUUACCCCACGCGAUUCUGCGUAUGGAUCUAGCUGGACGGGAAUUAACGGAUUAUCUAAUGAAGCUUUUAACGGAACGAGGAUAUAGCUUCACCACAAGUGCCGAAAGGGAAAUUAUCAGAGAUCUUAAAGAAAAAAUUUGUUACGUAGCUUUAGAUUUUGAUCAAGAUUUGGCAAUAGCGCGAAAUACCACUUGUCUAGAAAAAUCGUACGAGCUGCCAGACGGACAAAUAAUUACUCUUGGGAACGAGAGAUUCCGUUGUCCCGAAGCUAUGUUCCAGCCAUCUUUAAUAGGCAUGGAAAUACCCGGUAUAGCCGAGACUACAUAUUUAUCAAUAAUGAGAUCCGAUAUGGAUAUCAGAAAAGAUCUAUAUGCUAACACAGUAUUAUCCGGUGGAAGUACGAUGUUUCCAGGAGUUGCCGACCGAAUACAGAAAGAAAUAGCUGCGUUAGCACCGGCUUCAAUGAAAAUCAAAAUUAUAGCACCUCCCGAAAGAAAAUACUCAGUAUGGAUAGGUGGCAGUAUACUCGCUAGUCUCACCACCUUCCAACAAAUGUGGAUAUCCAAAGAAGAAUACGAAGAAGCCGGAUCUCUUAUAGUACAUAGAAAGUGCUUUUAAAUAAUAUGUUUUUUUUAUAUUUGCAAAUAAAUAUUGUUUAACUCGACUUCUUUUUUAUUUUUAAUUACAACUCAGGAUCAAUAAUUUAAAACUUCACUAAAAAUUUAAAACGAUUCAAUCUUCUGUGCUUUCCCCUGCGUUAUAUAUAUGUCCAAUUAUUGAUCAAUUUGUGAGAGCGAUCAGUUAUUGUGAAUAUUCAUUAGAGCUCGCUCCCCUCUAUCCUUAACGAUCUCUAGUCGGACAAACAGUGUUGCCAGAUCUAGUACAAUUGUACAAUACAACUAGGGUAGAUAAAUAAAGUUGAAUAUUCACUUAUUGUUCUUUUUGUUUUAAAUAAUUUUCAAGCUGUUGUUAAACCGUUAUCUGUAAGUCAGGUAAUCGAGGUGAUGCAUUUGAAAUUUUAUAUCUCAAAAAAGUGACAAACAAAUUUGAUUUGAAACCAUUUAUCGUAAAAGUGCUUCGGCAAAUCGGUCCGACCCUGUAUAACGUUUGCUAUAAAAGUGUAGCACUGGAAAGAAGAGCAGUGUUGCCAGAGCUUGUACAACUUUAGUACAUUUUAGUGUAUUUUAUACGCCAGUACAUUUUUCCUUUUUUCUAAUACAUUUUCCCUGCGUUCGCAAAUAUAAAGUUAUUUUAUAUUUUCGUUUAAUAAAUUAAACUAGAGAGCCAAGUUGAUUUAUAUUUAGAUCGUGAGAUUUUUGUACUGCAUUGCUAAUUUUAUCGGUAAACUUUAUAUAAAU